GGCGCGGAGGCAGGGAUCCGGAGCCUUGGAGCGACCCAGCCCUCUCCUCGCCGCCCUCCCGCGCCGGCGACGGUGCGCAGAGACCCGAGCGAACUCCGAGACCGCACGGCGGAGGCAGAGCGGCCGGCGGCGGACGUGGCCGCGCAGCGCACCCGCCGCGGAGCAGGGAGCCGCGCCUUCCCCGACCCUCCGCUGCAACCCGGCGCCGGCCGCCUCCCGGCCCCUCUGCGUCCUCCGCUGGGGCCGGCGCUCGCGAUGCCGAUUGGAGCCUCCAGUCUUCCGGCCCGCUGAAGACGCAGCAGCCGGUCGCCCGGAGCCGGCGGGGACUGCCAGCGGAUCGUGCUCGGUGGACGCCUGGGCUGCGGAGCGCUGGGACUCCGGGGGCAGGGGGGAGGGACCCCUCUGUCGGUGCCCGGAGCCAGCCGCGGCUCGAAGGGUCUCUCUCCCCUGCCCUUAGCUCCGCCACGGACUCCGGGAGGCUGCGGGUGGCGUCCUGGGCUCCCCAGCCGACCGAUCGGACUUAAGAAGGUGAUCGCUCUGCUCUCCCACCCCCUUCCCUCCCCCUUCUCCCCCACUCAACUUUUUGUUUCUGUUCACCCGCGGCUCGGCCCCCUCCCCGCAGACCCACCCGCGGCUGUGCCAACUGCCCGGGGCAUGGGUCCCCCAACACGGCUUUUGGAGGCCCCGCGGCCUCGCAAGAUAUGAGCGGCCCGCCCGGGGCAGAGCCGGAGCUCCAGGAGCGGAGCCGAUAGCCCCAGCCUCCCCACGCCAGGCGGGGAGCGGUGCGCGCUGCGCCCCCGCGGUGCUGAGCGUCCCGGAGCGCCCCAUCCAGGGCUGGAACGAGUAGCUGGCCGGAGGCGCGCCGCGGAGAGCAAGCUGUCAUGCCCUAUUGAUCCCCCCUGCCCCCCGCCAAGUAUGUUUGGGCUGGACCAAUUCGAGCCCCAGAUCAACAGCAGGAACGCUGGCCAGGGCGAGAGGAACUUUAACGAGACCGGACUGAGCAUGAACACCCAUUUUAAGGCUCCAGCUUUCCACACAGGGCCACCCCCUGGCCCCGUGGACCCUGCCAUGAGUGCUCUGGGCGAGCCCCCGAUCUUGGGCAUGAACAUGGAGCCAUACGGCUUCCCCGCGCGCGGUCACUCGGAGUUGCACGCAGGGGGGCUGCAGGCGCAGCCCGUGCACGGCUUCUUUGGCGGCCAGCAGCCUCAUCACGGCCACCCGGGGAGCCACCAUCCCCACCAGCAUCACCCCCACUUUGGGGGCAACUUUGGUGGCCCGGACCCGGGGGCCUCGUGCCUGCACGGGGGUCGCCUGCUCGGCUAUGGCGGCGCAGCCGGCGGCCUGGGCAGCCAGCCGCCCUUCGCCGAGGGUUACGAGCACAUGGCGGAGAGCCAGGGGCCAGAGAGCUUCGGCCCGCAGCGCCCGGGAAACCUCCCGGACUUCCACAGUUCGGGAGCCUCCGGCCACGCCGUGCCUGCCCCGUGCCUGCCGCUGGACCAGAGCCCUAACCGAGCGGCCUCCUUCCACGGCCUGCCCUCCUCCAGCGGCUCCGAUUCGCACAGUCUGGAGCCCCGGAGGGUGGCGAACCAAGGAGCCGUCGACUCGCUGGAAUACAAUUACCCCGGCGAGGCGCCCUCGGGACAUUUUGACAUGUUUUCGCCUUCUGACUCCGAAGGGCAGUUGCCUCAUUAUGCAGCCGGUCGCCAGGUUCCCGGGGGCGCUUUCCCGGGCGCCUCGGCCAUGCCCAGAGCCGCGGGCAUGGUGGGCUUGUCCAAGAUGCACGCCCAGCAGCCGCAGCCGCAGCCGCAGCCGCCGCAACAGCAGCCGCAGCCGCCGCAGCAGCAGCACGGCGUGUUCUUUGAGAGGUUCGGCGGGGCCCGCAAGAUGCCUGUGGGUCUGGAGCCCGCAGUGGGCGCCAGGCACCCGUUAAUGCAGCCUCCGCAGCAGGCCCCGCCGCCCCCUCAGCCACAGCCCCCGCCGCAGUCGCAGCAGCCGCCGCCGCCGGGGCUUCUAGUCCGGCAAAAUUCGUGCCCGCCCGCGCUCCCGCGGCCCCAGCAGGGCGAGGCGGGCACGCCCAGCGGCGGCCUGCAGGACGGAGGCCCCAUGCUGCCCAGCCAGCACGCGCAGUUCGAAUACCCCAUCCACCGGCUGGAGAACCGGAGCAUGCACCCUUACUCCGAGCCGGUUUUCAACGUGCAGCAGGCUCCACAGCAGGCGCCCAACCAGCGGCUGCAGCAUUUCGACGCGCCCCCCUACAUGAACGUGGCCAAGAGACCGCGCUUCGACUUCCCGGGCGGCGCGGGAGUGGACCGCUGCGCCUCGUGGAACGGCAGCGUGCACAACGGCGCUCUGGACAACCACCUCUCGCCCUCCGCCUACCCGGGCCUGCCCGGCGAGUUCACGCCGCCCGUGCCCGACAGCUUCCCCUCGGGGCCGCCCCUGCAGCACCCCGGCCCGGACCACCAGUCCCUGCAGCAGCAGCAGCAGCAGCAGCAACAGCAGCAGCAGCAGCAGCAGCAGCAGCGCCAAAACGCAGCCCUCAUGAUUAAACAGAUGGCGUCGCGGAAUCAGCAGCAGCGGCUGCGCCAGCCCAACCUAGCCCAGCUAGGCCACCCCGGGGACGUGGGCCAGGGCGGCCUGGUGCAUGGCGGCCCGGUAGGCGGCUUGGCGCAGCCGAACUUCGAGCGCGAAGGCGGCAGCGCGGGCGCGGGGCGCCUGGGCACCUUUGAGCAGCAGGCGCCGCACUUGGCGCAGGAGAGCGCGUGGUUCCCGGGUCCGCACCCGCCGCCCGGAGACCUGCUGCCGCGCAGGAUGGGCGGCUCGGGCCUGCCUGCUGACUGCGGGCCGCACGACCCCAGCCUGGCGCCGCCCCCUCCGCCUGGCGGCUCUGGGGUGCUGUACCGGGGCCCUCUGCCGGAGCCGCUGAGGAUGCCCGGGGAGGGCCACGUGCCCGCGCUGCCUUCGCCCGGCCUGCAGUUCGGGGGCAGCCUGGCCGGCCUGGGCCAGCUGCAGUCGCCCGGGGCCGGGGUGGGGCUGCCCAGUGCUCCCCCGGAGCGCCGGCCUCCGCCGCCGGACUUCGCCGCGCCCGCACUGGGGGGCCAGCCCGGCUUUCCGUUUGGCGCGGCGAGCCGGCAGGCCACGCCACACAGCGGUCCAGGCGUGAACUCACCCCCCAGCGCGGGCGGGGGCGGGGGCGGCUCGGGCGCCGGCGGGGGCGGCGGGGGUGCGUACCCGCCGCAGCCUGAUUUCCAGCCCAGCCAGCGCACCUCGGCCAGUAAGCUGGGCGCGCUGUCGCUGGGCUCCUUCAAUAAGCCCAGCUCCAAGGACAACCUGUUCGGCCAGAGUUGCCUGGCUGCGCUCUCCACCGCUUGCCAGAACAUGAUCGCCAGCCUGGGGGCCCCCAACCUCAACGUGACCUUCAACAAGAAGAACCCGCCCGAGGGCAAGAGGAAACUGAGCCAGAAUGAGACGGACGGCGCGGCCGUGGCGGGUAACCCGGGCUCGGAUUACUUCCCGGGAGGGACUGCUCCGGGGGCCCCGGGACCCGGAGGCCCGUCGGGGACUAGUAGCGGCGGCUCCAAAGCCUCGGGGCCGCCCAACACGCCCGCCCAGGGGGACGGCACCAGUCUCUCCCCCAACUACAACCUAGAGUCGACGGCGGGGAAUGACGGCAAGCCAGUUCCCGGGGGUGGGGGCCGGGGCCGGGGCCGCAGAAAAAGGGACAGCGGCCACGUGAGCCCCGGGACCUUCUUUGACAAGUACUCGGCAGCCCCGGACAGCGGGGGCGCCCCUGGGGUGAGCCCGGGGCAGCAGCCGGCGUCGGGCGCCGCGGGCGGGGGGAGCUCCGCGGGGGAGGCUCGCCGGGCCACGACCCCCCACGAGAAGGCGCUCACGUCGCCGUCCUGGGGGAAGGGCGCCGAGCUGCUCCUGGGCGACCAGCCGGACCUCAUGGCGUCCCUGGACAGCGCGGCCAAGUCGGACGGGAGUUCGCCGCACGUGGGCGAGUUUGCCUCGGACGAGGUGAGCACGAGCUACGCCAACGAGGACGAGGUGUCGUCCAGCUCCGACAACGCCCCCGCCCUGGCCAAAGCGAGCAGGAGCCCCCUGGUGACCGGCUCACCCAAACUCCCUCCGCGUGGGGUAGGCGCGGGGGAGCACGGCCCGAAGGCGCCCCCGCCCGCGCUCGGCCUGGGCAUCCUGUCUACCUCCGCCUCGACCCCCGACAGCUACGGGGGCGCGGGCCACCCGGGCACGCCCGGCCUGGAGCAGGUCCGGACCCCGACGAGCAGCGGGGCGCCGCCCGACGAGAUCCACCCGCUGGAGAUCCUGCAGGCGCAGAUCCAGCUGCAGAGGCAGCAGUUCAGCAUCUCCGAGGACCAGCCCCUGGGGCUCAAGGGCGGCAAGAAGGGGGAGUGCGCCGUGGCCGUCGGGGCCCCGGGCGCGCAGAACGGCGACGGCGAGCUGGGCAGCUGCUGCGCCGACGCUGUCAAGAGCGCCAUGAGCACCAUCGACCUGGACUCGCUGAUGGCCGAGCACGGCGCGGCCUGGUACGUGCCCCCCGACAAGGCCCUGGUGGGGGGCGCAGACGACGACAAGACGCUGGCGCCCUGGGAGAAGGCCAAACCCCAGAACCCCAACAACAAAGAAGCCCACGACCUCCCCGCGAGCAAGGCCCCGGCCGCGCAGCCCGGCAGCCACCUGCAGUGCCUGUCCGUCCACUGCACCGACGGCGUGGGCGACGCCAAGGCCCGGGCCUCCGUGCCCUCCUGGCGGUCCCUGCACUCCGACAUCUCCAACAGAUUCGGGACCUUCGUGGCCGCCCUGACUUGAAUGACAAGAGCUCCCCUCCCCUGCCAGGCCCUCCCCGCCCCGGCGCCCUCCUGUCGUCCGGAAGGGCCACUAUCGCUGAGUGGAUGAGGUUUUUGGUUUUCUAGGUUGGUACCUGCUUAGUGGCAUACGGCCCGGAAAGGGUUAAUUUAAAGGGGCAGGGGGAAAGGAAAAAAAAAAAACCUCAAAAGUUUUUUUUUUUU